AUGGAUCUACAAAAUAAUAUUCCACCUAUUUCAAAGGUGGAAUUACAGCAAUCACUUCCUUCCGAGGAAAUUAAUACAACCGAACAGACUUCAAAUGAAUACGACUCCUUAAAAUCACAAUUAGAACAAAUAUUUUCUGAUUUUGACAAAGAAGGUCGCGGUAGAAUUAUUUCAAGAGAUUUACUUUCUAUGAUUGAACUUUUCGAAAAAAAUCAAACUACUUGUUUACUAAAAGAUGAUGCUCGAAAAAUAUUUCAAAUGUUUUGUGAGCAAAACCCAAAUAUGGAGGUGUCUGUUGAUGACGUACUUCAACUUAUAGCUAAACUAUCAGCUCCAAGUAAUUGUGAAACGGCAUCAUUGUCUAAUGAACAAGUAACGACAAGAAGACCAAUCACAAAAUUCGGGUCGGUACGCACUGGCUGGAGUAAUAGAACUUUCUCUCCACCCGCUAGAAGUCGAGAUGCACCAAUGUUGAUUGCACCUGAUACUGAUAACGAUGAAUCAUUUCUUCCAAGUAUGAUUCCAUCUUCACAUUCUAGAAGAUUAUCUUCGCCAGGUUAUUAUGAUUCAUCAGGAUCUAUUUCAUUUCAUAGAACUUAUCAUGAUAUUUCCGAUGAUUUUUCAGAAACUUCAUUUGAAGCUAGUGGCGGAAUUGACCAGUCGAUUAGUCAUUUGUCACAAACAAUUGAUGACCCUGCUCUGCAACUUAGUAAACUUUAUCGUCAUACGGUUGACCUCACCAAACGUCUUAAAGAUUCUGAACGACACUUAGCUUCUGUUGCUCGUCAACAUGAAGAUCGUAUUGAAGAACUACAACAUAAAUUAGAUGAAACAAAAGCAGACCUUCAAGCUAAAAAACGAGAAAUUCAAGAUCAUAAGAGCAAAGAAAAAAUUAGUUCGCAUCAAAUUUUCGCUUUGGAAGGAGAAAUACAAAAAAUUCAAAAGAAUUUAUCAGAUCAAAAAAAUUUAUAUUCUCACCUUAAAAAACAAUAUGAAGAUAAAUAUGAGGAAGCCGAAAAACUUAGUAAUAUUAUAAAGUUGAAGGAAGAAGAAUUGGCCAGAACGGAACGAAAUCUUACUUUCUUUGCUGCAGAAGAAAGAAAAUGGAAUGGUGAACGUGAACGUUUAGAAACUGCAAUAAGCAAACUUGAACAAGAUCUUACUGAAACGUUAGAUCUAAGUGAUAUUGGAUCAUCCAAGGAUUUACGUACUGAAAUGGUUGAUCAUGUACUUGCAUCUAUUGAAGUCGUUUCAGAUUCUAACACGGAGGAUAUAAGAAACGAUAAAAAAAACAAGCCACGACGCCGUAAAGAUGAUACCUCAGAUAUUAAUACAAUUGAUGAGCAUGCUCAAUCAAGAUCUAAUAAUGACUUAGAUAGGCAUCGCGUGACUGAUAUCGAACAAUCUGGUCGUAAACAAAGUAGUUCACGAUCAUCCCGCCGUUUUGUAGAUCAAAGUGUAGUUGCACGUAAUAAUCCACUUGUUGAAACUCAAUUUCAAACUUUGUCUUCAGAAUUAGGUGUUCAAUAUGCUUUAAUUGAAGGAAUAUUAAGAAAUCGUGCAUCAAAUGGUAAUACACAUGGAAAUCCACACGGAAAUUUGCAUGAUAAAAGAGACAGAGCAAUCAGAAAUAAUGCCGAAGGUGAUAAUAAUGAACUUGCAAGGCAUAGAGGUACAAGAAACUCUGUGCGAAGAAACAAAAGAAGAGUAAAUCCAAGUCAAGAAAUAGAGGCACAAGCUUUAGAAAAAAUUGAUUCCCAAUCAUCAAAAGCACUUGUUCCACGUAAUGCAAAUAAUUCGGUUCAUAAUAUUGCAAUAGUUCAUAAUACUGCAACUUUUGCUUUAUACACAGUAGUCAUUUACCUCUUUGGAAUCAUAACAUCGGUCUUUGUCAUUGAUAAUAAUCAAGGAGCAGCUCCAUAUAGUGAUUGGAUGCCUUAUGAUGACUUGAGAGAAGAUGGUUGGGCAUCACGUCUUGGGCAAAUGAUCCUCUAUUGGGCAGAAAUAUUAUUGAAUGAUGGAAACAUGAGAGUACCUACCUAA